UCAUUUUGUAACGGCUGUUUCAUUUUGAAUAUUUCUCGACGUUGCUUCGAAAAGUUGAUAAAAAGUUGACUUUUUAUUUAGACUCUGCUAAUUAUGUGUACAAUUUAAUAAAAAUACAAUAUAUUGAGACUCAAUACACUCAUAUCCACUCUAAAACGUGUGUGUAAAACAUAACAGUGAGUGUUCGGUGAACAAUGGCCCAGUUCAAUUACUUGAACGAAAUUAACAGUUUAGCGACAAUGGACGGGCCAAUAACCAGGGGACCUCUGCAGAGAUGGGCUAAGAAGACAAACGAGAACAUAAAUCCUUCUUUGAGCGCCUCAUUCAAGAAUAUUUCUAACGCUAACCUGAGCUGCAACCAGUCGAUGCAGAAGCUCUCGAUAUCCUCGAAUCAAAGCUGCAACAACAGCGUCCUCUCCAGCAACAAGACCCCCACGAGAAAUGACAAUAAAAAGGGAAAGAAAACACCUUCUAAAAACAAAUCCCCAGGUCGCUCUACAACGCCGACGCCUAAUAAAGCCUCCAAGACACCCAAUAAAGGUGACAGAUUCAUACCAUCCCGGAGCAACUCCAAUUAUGACUUGUGCCAUUACAAGAUGAGCCGAGAUGAUGACAAGGGUGAAGAGGGAGCGCAGACGGCCGCGGCCGAAGCCCUCGGUCGAGCGUUGACCGACACAGAGCCCGGGCGCCUGCUGGCAUACACCUGCAAGGCACCCGCCGCUCCUGAAGGCUACCAGAACAGACUUAAAGUUGUUUACUCACAGGCCAAAGUGCCAUCGACGGUGAAAAACACGAGCCGCUACAUCCCGCAGGCGCCCGACAGGAUUCUGGACGCACCCGACAUCCUCGACGAUUACUACCUAAACCUAGUAGACUGGAGCGCGUCCAACAUCUUAGCCGUGGCUCUCGGCUCAGCGGUCUACCUGUGGAACGCAGGCACGGGGCAGAUAGAACAACUCUGUGCCCUGGAGGGGUCAGAGACGGUGUCUUCAGUAGCGUGGGUGCAGGGGGGUGGGUCGCACUUGGCCGUCGGGACGUCUAGCGCGACUGUUGAGCUGUGGGAUUGUGAGAAGAUUAAGAGGUUGAGGGUAAUGGACGGUCACACGGGCCGCGUGGGCUCCCUCGCGUGGAACAUGUACGUGUUGUCGAGCGGCGCGCGCGACGGCAACAUCGUGCACCACGACGUGAGGCAGCGGGACCACGCCGUGGCCACCAUCGCUGCUCACACGCAGGAGAUCUGCGGUCUCAAGUGGUCCCCCGACGGCAAGUACCUCGCGUCCGGCGGCAACGACAACCUGCUCAACAUCUGGCCGCUCGCGCAGGGGCAGCAGUACUCGCAGCCGCAGUAUCUGUAUUCAUUCAACCAGCACCUAGCGGCGGUGAAGGGGCUGGCGUGGUGUCCGUGGAGCUCCGGCAUAUUAGCGUCGGGCGGGGGCACCGCGGACCGCACCAUCCGCAUCUGGAACGUCAACACCGGCGCCAACAUCAACACUGUCGACACUAAGUCUCAGGUCUGCUCAAUCCUAUGGAGCACGCACUACAAAGAGCUAAUCUCCGGCCACGGCUACGCACACAACCAGCUCAUCAUCUGGAAGUACCCGCUGAUGUCCCGCGUGGCGGAGCUGUCGGGGCACACGGCGCGAGUGUUGCACCUCGCCUUGUCGCCCGACGCCACUACAGUCCUGUCUGCAGGCGCCGACGAGACGCUCAGGCUCUGGAAAUGCUUCAUGGUGGACCCAUCGAAGAAAAAGGACCCCACCGACACCAAGGCAGCUAAGAGUUUACUCAACCUGAACUCACUCAUAAGAUAAUAAACAGGUACGGGUUAUCUUGACUACAGUCAAAGCAAAUAAAUGACUACAAUAUUUUGUAUGUUAGAUAUGUUUUUAUCUAUUUAAUACUAGGAUAACGUGUUUCCGAAUUGUAUUCAUUCCAUUGCGUCUGACUGACUCUGUUUAACUAUGCCAUAUUAUUAUGUUGCCUCCUUCUUUUAACAUAUUGAUGAGAUAUUCUUUGAACCGAUAUAGCGACAUAUAGGUAUUAUAAUAUGUUUUAGCAGACCGGACAAUCGUAGUCCAUCGUUAAUCAGUGCUUAGAAUAUUUCCUCAAUGUACGGAUUCUCUCACAAAAGCGUAAAGGAGGUUUAUUUAAUAAUUAAACGCUUAAAAUUUAAUAAGUAUGUUGACUGACAAAUUGUGAUUAUGUACAAUUUUAGUGAUAAUAGGAUAUUUUAGUUAGGAAUGUACGAGUAUUAAUUUCUAAUCUGAAUAAUGUACUUUUAUUUCAUUUCCAGCUAUGUUGUGUUUGCUGUUAUUUCUUAAGUUCGUAUUCUCAAUUUUUCCUAAAUAUUUUCUGACCUGUAGUAGCUACAUGUUAUUGUUCAAUAAGGAAUACUUAUGAUUUUUGUAAUCUUUACAGAAACGCAAGAGUUUUUGAAUUUCUUUUCGAUUUUAGACAAAAAAGAGAAGUUGAGGUCAUAAAAUGUGAUCUCCUAUUUAUGAGUUCUUAAUUUUCUCUUUCGUUCUUAUCCUAAGUAAAGUUUGUUUUCUCUAUCUCUUCUUUCCAACAUCAUAAAGCUACGUUUCAUAACCUCGGCUUCCUUAUUUUAAGAACUUUAUAAAAUCAUGUCUUGUGUAAGUUGUGUUGUUUUACAAUUUGUUUUACAUUUUAAGUAACAUAUGAAUUGAUGUUUAAUAAUUUCCAUUGAUUAUUAUGGUGGAUUUUGAUAGUCCAAUUAAAUAUACGACUAAUAAAGAA